AUGUCUAUUAUGCUUUCGCCCUUGUCUGUGGCUCGCUGGCGUGUUCCCAGAAUAGUCGGCACUGUGCGCAGCAGCUCGAAUAGCAGUCAAUCAACCCAAAAAGAACUCGAAAUCAUUCGCCGCCUGCAGAGACAAGAGCGUAUCACCGCCGCCACUCUGGAUGCUGACAUUGAUGAUUUUCUACAACGAUUCGAUCAUUUCUACAAACCAAUGUCUGCUAUAGACAAAUCCGUCCAAUCUGCUCUACGACAGAACAAGUAUAUUUCUACAGAAAGAUUGGGCCACGACAACAAUAUCAGCGUCUUCAGCAAAGAAAUUAUCGGACAUUUCAACGACUUGAAAAAACACAUCAAGGAUUACAAGGAGGAGCCUUUUUCUACCUGGCAACCUGGCGACUCAGAUGUGGUCCUUCGUCAACUCAAUGACCCCAAUCUAAAGCCCGAAGACUUGGAAAGCGAGAUGAGAACCAGAGAAAAGGAUGUCACACGUCUUCUUGACCAGGCUGACAACCAUUACGAAGCUUUGGUCAAAGCCAGAGAGACCUUGCGCGAGAAAGGCGUACGCGCUGCUGAAGCCGUCGCAGAUAGUUUUGUCAACUCACAUACAUCCGACUAUGCAAACAUUGAUGCUCCUUUGGAUCCUGUCGAUCUCGAUACUAUUGAUGAGGACACUACAGCCAUUCUCGCUUCUUUGAGGAUGAGAAAGACUCCUUGA